AUGAAGUACAGCUAUACAGCCCUUAUAUUGGGCGCAUUCUCCUCAACAACAUAUGCUCAUAGCUGGAUCGAGCAGCUCAUGGUCAUAGGGACUAAUGGUACCUUCGUUGGACAGCCUGGAUAUCCGCGAGCCAACCAAGUGCGAGGACCCGGUUUUGUCGAAGACGCUAUUGUUCACAGGAUCACCAAGGUCGAUGCCAACGUUCCUAUAUGUAUGCAACAGCAAUCGACUCAAACACAGACGACCGGCUCGCCGAGGCUGCAGGCAGCAGCAGGCGCCAACGUUGCAUUACGAUACCAAGAGAAUGGUCACGUUACUUUCCCAGACAACCCGAAAGGGAAGCCAAAGGGUAGUGGCGCAGUCUAUGUCUAUGGUACUACACAACCCUCGUCCGAUGACAAGCUGAUGAGCAUCCACAGGGUUUGGACUCCUGACGGCAAGGGCGGUGAUGGACGUGGUGUCCUGCUCUCAACACAGAACUAUGAUGAUGGCCAGUGCUAUCAAGUCAAUGACGGUCCGAUCUCCGUGCAGAGACAGAAAUCGUUCCCUUUCCAGGUGAACACGCUUAUGGGCGUAAACCUGUGGUGUCAGACCGAUAUUCAGCUCCCUGCAACUGCACCUUCGGGAAAGCCGUACACAUUAUACUGGGUUUGGGAUUGGCCCACAUUGCCCGGGACUCCAGAAACGCCAAACGGGCAGCAAGAAAUCUACACAACCUGUAUGGAUGUGGACAUCACAAAUGGCGCAGGCGUUGAUAUUGGCGGUACAUCUGGUGGGACAGGUGGUCCACAGCAGAAAGCUGCAGCGGCAAAGUUUGUGCAACAAGAUCUUGGUAAUGCAGCUGUUGCAAAACAAUUUGCAGAUAUUGCCAAUCCCACAGCUGUGGUUGGUGAGUUUAUACCAUUUCCUGGUCAGCCAACUGGGACAGCCGCCGCUUCAGGUCCAGCUUCAGGCCCAGCUUCGGGUCCGGCUUCGACCGUCGCGGCUGGAAGUCCAUCAGGUGUCUCCAAGACAGCUGCAAGCACUACUCCUGUCAUCACAACCUCUAAGUUGGAGGCGGCAUCAUCAGCUAUACCAUCACCACAAACAAGUGCAGCUAACAAUGGUGGCAACAACAACAACAACGGCAAUGGUAGGACACGAUCGCGACCAGUCGUCAGCCCAAUUGGUCCGACCUCCGCACCACUUCCACAAGGAACAGGUGCUGCGGGCGACUCACAGCCUUCAUCUGUCAGCAGCACCAGCUCUACCACUCAGAAUCAAAACACCGCAACUGCGAUCUCAAAUGCCAAUGCAGUGACCGUCACGACAACAGCCUCUGGUCCUGCCAGCACGGUGACUCAGCUUGAGACACAGUAUUCAACUCUUAUCGAGACAAGAUUUCAGACCGUCACUCGGUCUGCUGCUAAACGGUCCGAAGUCACUAUACUGCCAGCGAGCAGUGAUUUCCCGACAAUCAGGGAGAGAGAAGUGCGAUGCAGUCGAGUUGAAGCAGUGUACAGAUUGAAGGCGCGGAAUGCAUUUGUCAUCGUGCCAGAAGCUGUGCCAGAAGCUGAUUGCUGA